AUGCUGAUCCCUCUUCUAUCAAAACCAACAUACACUACGAUGAAAGAACACACUGGAAAAUUCCUUAAGUCCAUAUACUAUACCAGCUUCUUUCUCCUCAUCGUACAGUCAUCUUUCCAAAUUGUGUUUCAUUACAUUCCUCCUGAAGGUAAUCUCUGGGAAGAAAUCCUGAAACACUUUGGAAUUGUGAGACUUAGCAACGUAGAUGCUUGGAACAUAGUCCGACUGUUGGCCUCCGAUAUUGGCAUGUUAUUUUCUGGAUAUUUUAUUCGAAGGGCCUGUAAAAAACUAGUAAGAUCAGGAGCUCCCAAAAUCAGUGUUCGUGUGAGCAGUGAGGAGGAAGAAGAAGAUGAGGAAUCUGAGACAGAAAGUGAAACGGAAGAAAGUGAGAAUGAGACAGAUUUUUCCACAGAAGACACUGUGGAUAAGGACACCAACGACACUCGAGCAAAACUCAUCGAGAAGGUUACAGCCUUCGUUUCUGCAAUGAAGAUUUUGUUUGAGGCUCUGUUUACGACAGCCGGAAAAGUGGUGGUUACUCUUCUACUUGGCCUGUCAGGUAUAAUUUUACCGUCUGUGACAUCUGCCCUGUAUUUUUCCAUCUUCAUGUUUUUGUGUUCCUGGUGGGCAUGUAACCGCAGUGUUAGCCUAGUGGUUUUCAGCAGUCUCUGCGUCAUGGCUGCAGUCUUUAGUGCUGGUCACUUGACGGCCGUCUAUCUAUAUCAGCUCCCCUACUUCCAAGAAGUAAUUCCACCCCAGGAUUUGUAUGCUAGGCUUUUUGGGAUAACAGCAAUUAUCAGGACCAAUCAGACGGAAUCAUGGAUGAUCCAUCUUCACCAAGAUCUACACUGGCCAGUUUUUGCAAACCCAUUUAUGCUGCUAGUUUUAUAUUAUACCUUAGUCAUGUUGGUGCAGCAAUGGGCUAAACUUCCAAUGGUAUCAUGUGUCAUAGAUACCCAAAAGGUGCUUACGGCCACUCACCCCAAAGAUGAUCACCAUAUGGAUGAAAUGCUUUGGACCUCAAAUGCUGAGCAAACUGAAUAUCUGAUGCCUAAUGGGUGGCAAGAAUUGCCUCUGCUUCAGUGUGAAGUGCAGCAAGCACAUACUGAUUUCUCUCUGCCUAUAUACCUUGAAGAUGACAUAAAAAUAGUGGUGUCAGAGAAGGAGGAAGCAGAGGAGAUCGCUCCAGCAGAGUCAAAGCGAAGUGGAAUGGCUGUCCUUGGCCAGUUUAUCAUGAGGCAGAGUUACGUCAGUGCCUUAAUUGUCAUGAUGGUUUGGAGCAUCACACACAACAACUGGCUGACAUUUGUUUUAUUAAUAUGGUCAUGCAUAAUUUGGAUGACUCGGGACAGGCGUCGUUAUGCCAUGCUAAGCGCACCGUUUUUGGCUUCUUAUGCCAACAUUUUAGUGGUCCAGAAUUUUUUUGUUGGUCUCAAUAUCUCCCAAGAAGAACUAUUCCCUGGAAUACCCACAGCUGUUCUUAUUGACUUUGACUUGAAGCCUUAUACUAUGCCAUGUGUGCAUCUUGGACUAAAGAUUUUCUAUGCCUUUGUCUUCUGGACAUUGUUAAGGCAGAAUCUAAAAGAACGUCAACAGGAAGGAGACAUGGAAUCACUAAAAGAGGUUCUGGUGGAGGAAAGUGAAAUCGAGGAGCCUCCAAACGCAUUCAUGGAAGUAGUUGGCUCCUUGGUGCGGGGUACACUCGUGAAGUACUGGAUUUACUUUUGCGGUGCCAUGUUUUUUGUCAUCAGUUUUAGCGGGAAGGUUGUGGUGUAUAAGAUCCUCUACAUUGUGCUUUUCCUGUUCUGCGUGUCUCUGUACAAGAUUCAUUAUGAAUUGUGGAGAAGAAUCCUAAAGUAUUUCUGGAUCACAGUGGUUUCCUACUCUAUGGUGGUUCUCAUUGCUGUCUAUGUCUACCAGUUCAAGACCAUCUCUGGAUUUUUCCUUCAGAUCCUAGGAAUGUCAGAGGAGGGACUGAGAGACCUGGGUUUGGAGCAGUACAGCACUGUGGAGCUGUUUGCUGGGAUAUUACUUCCGUCCUCCUUCCUCCUCGCUUGUAUCCUUCAGCUCUACUACUUCAAUGAGGACUUCCUGAAGCUAACAGAUCUUAAUAACAUCCCAGUCAAUGAGGGAGGAAUUCAUGACAGCAAGAAGAAACUGGAGAGCCGUGUCCUCAUUCUGGCCAACGUCAUAAAAGGCAACCUUGGCAAUCUAAAGACAACGAUGGAUGCUGACAAAAAGAAAAGUUCAAGUCAGAACACACUAGAUAAAAUUGAUAACAGUACUGAGGAUGAAGACACAACCGAGGAUGAUACACAGUCUCCAGAUAAAAACCCAUGGCUGCUAGUGAUCGAUAAGCUAAUGUCCUUGCUGCUGAAUCUGCUCAAUUUCAUUCAUGAUGUCCAAGUGCUCUUGUGGAGACUACUGGAAUUGCACAUCAUCAAGAUCGUCUCCACCAUAGUCAUCUGGAUCACACUCCAAGAGGUCUCUCUGAUGAAUUGCCUUUUCUACCUGCCGUGGGUGUUCGCUCUGCCAUACUCACACCUGCGUCCAUAUGCUUCAAACAUCUCCACAGUGUGGUCCUGUGUGAUGGUCAUCUGCAAAAUGAUGUAUCAGUUGAAGUUUGUCAAACCACUAGAGUAUUCCUCCAAUUGCACUGAGGGCCUGUAUCGCAAUGGAAGUCUCUACAGUCCAAUGUCAGAAGAGUUGCUACAGAAAUCUAUACUAUAUACCGCCCCUGUGGACCCAGCAUUGUGGUGUGGAGGGUUGAUAAAAUGUGCAGAUAGCGUCCUACCCUGCCUUCAGAACCAUCUGACUAUCCUGGCACUGAUGGCUAUCGAGUCCACCGUGUAUCGACACCAGCUCUAUUAUCGCGUACACAACAAGCUGACUACCCCCAUCACCAGCAGCAUUUUUGAUAACAUCACCCGCCAGAAUCUUGAUGACGGUCUUGUCAACAGUCUAAAAUACUUUGUCAAUUAUUUCUUCUAUAAAUUUGGACUUGAGGUUUGUUUCGUGAUUGCAGUAAAUGUAAUUGGCCAGCGGAUGGAUUUUUACGCAGCUUUGCAUGCUGGCUGGCUGAUGUAUUUGCUUCAUUUGCGUCGUAGAAAAACGAUUGCAGAGGUCUGGCCAAAGUACUGCUGCUUCAUAGCCAGUAUUAUGACUGUCCAGUAUUUACUCUGCAUUGGCAUCCCUCCGGCAUUCUGUGCAGAUUACCCAUGGAGGACACUGAAACUUAAACCCAACUCAAACCUUAUCAAGUGGCUGUAUCUUCCUGACUUUGCCAAAAGCCCUGAUCCAGGAUUCCUGCUUUAUGAUGCCAUGCUGCUGCUUCUUGCUUCUCUGCAGUGCCAGGUAUUUGAGGAUGAGAACUUGACUUGCGUGCGAAUGCUAGCUGGUGACAACAUUGAGAUUAGUAAGGACCUGGAUCCAGGAGAUCUGAGCCAGUAUAGCCCUGUACCCAACUUCCUCCACUGCAGGUCCUAUCUGGAUAUGGCUAAAGUGGUGGUAUUUAGUUACCACUUCUGGUUUGUGCUAUGUUUGAUUUUCAUCACUGGUACCACCCGCAUAAAUAUACUGUGUAUGGGGUAUCUGAUGGCCUGUUUCCAUUUCAUGCUGUUUGGUGGUAGCCUUCUCUUAAAGCCAGUCCGUCAUAUUCUGAAGCUUUGGGACUAUCUCAUUUCCUACACUGCAUUUGUAAUCACCAUGAAAAACAUUCUUUCAAUUGGGGCAUGUGCCUACCUAGAUAAACUGAUGAAGAAUAAUUGUUGGCUCAUCCAGACAUUUAGUAUGUUUUGUACCAUCAAAGGCUACGACUUGAGUAUCCCAUCUGAUGGCACAUGUGAACUGCCAGAAAAUGAAGCAGGAAUUGUAUGGGAUGCAAUCUGUUUUACAUUCCUUUUGAUCCAGCGCCGUGUGUUCUCCAGCUAUUACUUCCUCUAUGUGGUGGCAGACCUGAAAGCUUCUAAACUCCUGGCUUCAAGAGGAGCAGAGCUGUUUGAAGAGAAAAUUAAGAAAGUAGUGGCUGCACGUCUAGAAGAGGAAAAAAAAUGUGCCCAGGCCAUGAAAAAACAGAUGGAGCAAAUUAAAUCUAAACAGAAGUCAACAAGUAACGAGAAAACGAGAAAGGAGAGCGGAGGAGAGGAUACGUCUGAAUCAUCAAAAGACAAAGAUGACAGUGAAAAAAAAGACAAGGAUGGGAAAAAAAAAUGGUGGCAGCCUUGGGUCAGUCACACAACAAUGGUUCGUAGUGGAAGUUAUAGCCUAUUCGAUACAGACAGCGAAGAUGAAGAGGAAGAAACUCGAGAAGAAAAAAGAGAAGAAGAGCCCCCUAAAAAGAAGACAGCGUUUCAGCUAGCAUAUGAAGCCUGGACCACAAGCUCUAAAUCUGCAUUGAACCUACGGAAGAAUGAUGAGAUGACCAUCCAAGAGCAGAUCCGCAAAGAGAUGGAGAAACAGCAACCAGAUGGGAAAACAGAGGAACCCCCAAUAGAUCAAUCACAGACAGAAAGUGAGGAGGAUACUGCAGAUGGACCAGAAAAUAUUGUCCAGAGGAUCAUAAACAUUAUCAAAUUUUCCUGGGUCUUCAUCCAAGCUCUCGCAGAUGACACCAUUGAAACUCUCGACUCUUUCUGUAAAAAUAGCGUGGAUGUUGCCACCGUCUUGAGGAUAGAGCGCUGCAUGUUACAGAGGAACUUGGACAGGGGUAAAGAAGCCUCUCAAGAAGGCAUAUCUGAGUACUACAAAGCCAAGCAGCUUUCAAGGACUCAAACCUUGUCCAGUGAGGAGAACGAUGACCAUAUUAGUUGUGUAAGAGAAGAGACUGUUCAGUCCAAGAGGCUGGAGAUCUGUAAGAUCCUCAGUCUUGAAUCACAGCAGUCUCAGGACAGUUUUGUCUCCAGCUGUGUCACAGAAGAUUUGGUUUUGUCCUGUGAAGACCCUGCUGGCCCAAAAGGCCGAAAACCCCAUCGUAUGCUUGCCUUUGAUUCAAUUUCUGUUGACAGUUUGGAUUCAAGAUUGGAGCUGGGUCAGGAAGAUGAGGACUAUGAAGGGGAUGCAGAAAUGACAGAAACCAGAACACAUCUCCCACCAUCAUAUAGCACAGUUAUUUUAGAGGGAGACCAGCAGGCCCUGGAAGCUGAAGAAACAACCCAAGGACUGGAUGACAGCAGCCGGCCAUUGGUGGACGUUCCACAGUUAUUAACUGCUAGUGAACUGCUACUGAACAAGAUGUUUUAUGAUGAAGAGCUGGAGGAGUCAGACAGGUUCUAUCAGAGUCUCCCGCGCCCCCUGCGCCUCGUCUUUGCUCUCUAUAAUACCAUUGUAUCAAAGUCUGAAAUGCUUUGCUAUUUUGUCAUCAUUCUUAAUCACAUGAUAUCUGCAUCAAUUUUGUCCUUGAUUCUACCUAUUCUCAUUUUCCUAUGGGCAAUGUUAUCAGUACCUAGACCCACAAAACGCUUUUGGAUGACGGCCAUCAUCUAUACUGAGAUUACCGUUGUCAUCAAGUAUUCUUUCCAGUUUGGCUUUUUCCCAUGGACAUCUACAGUGUACCGUAGCAUGAAUGCAGAUAAACCAUUCCGUCUCCCCAACAUAAUUGGCAUUGAAAAGAAAGACGGCUAUGUACACUUUGACCUCGUACAGCUUCUCGCCCUAUUUUUGCAUCGGUCUAUCCUGAAAUGCCACGGUUUAUGGGACAACAAGGAGGUCUGUCUACCAGAGUCCAAACAGAAGAAGAAGAAGACAAAGAGGCAAAAAAAACGAGGAAGUAAAGGUGACGAUGAUACCCACUCUGGGCUGGUUCCAUGGCAUCUAUUUAAACACCAGAAUGCUUCAAAGAAUGUUUUCAGAAAGAGGAAAACCUCACAAAAAACAGCGGUUGAAGGUACCCCGCAGAAGAAAGACAACAAGAGGAAGUGGAAUUGUUUAAGACGCAACCCAAAAAAGAAACGUCAGUCAAUAAAGGAAAGGCUAAAGCAGCAGUGGCUCAAGCUGAAGAAAGUGGCGGUGAAAAUAGCUCUGCAGAUCUACUUGCCAAUCAGACAGUUCUUCUAUGACAUUAUACACCCAGAGUAUAGCCCCGUGUGUGACGUCUACGCUAUUAUGUUCCUGGUUGAUGUUAUUAAUUUUAUCAUUGUCAUCUUUGGAUACUGGGCAUUUGGGAAACAUUCUGCCGCAGCAGACAUCACAGAAUCUCUGUCUGAGGAUCAGGUACCAGAGGCUUUUCUGGUUAUGCUUCUACUACAGUUUGGCACCAUGAUUGUUGACAGAGCCAUCUACUUGAGAAAGACCAUGUUUGGAAAGUGUGUCUUCCAGGUUGUCCUCGUGUUUGGAAUUCAUUUCUGGAUGUUUUUUAUCCUUCCUGGAGUUACUGAAAGGAGGUUUAACACCAAUCAGGUGGCGCAGCUAUGGUACUUUGUGAAAUGUCUGUACUUUGGUCUGUCAGCUUACCAGAUCAAGUGUGGCUAUCCCAACAGAGUCCUAGGAAACUUUUUAACGAAGAGCUACAACUGUAUCAACCUCUUCCUAUUCCAGGGUUUUCGUAUGGUACCUUUUCUGACUGAGAUGAGGGCUGUCAUGGAUUGGAUCUGGACAGACACCACACUUAGUUUGUCAAGCUGGAUAUGUGUGGAGGACAUCUAUGCGAACAUUUUCAUUAUGAAGUGCUGGCGGGAGUCUGAGAAGAAAUACCCAGAGCCUCCAGGUCAGAAGAAGAAAAAGAUUGUGAAAUAUGGAAUGGGUGGAGUAAUUAUUUUUGCCUUGAUCUGCAUUGUCUGGUUCCCGUUACUGUUCAUGUCAUUGGUGAAGUCCGUGGCCGGUGUUACCAAUCAACCCCUGGAUGUUUCUAUUCAGAUCAGCAUUAGUGGCUAUGAGCCCCUGUUCACCAUGAGUGCUCAACAACAGAACUUGGUCCCUUAUUCCCAGGCAGCCUACGAUGAACUGACAUACAGAUACGCAUUACAUCCUUCUGCAAUGCAGUUCAUUGUUAAUUACAUGCCUGAGGACAUUGUGACUGCCAAGAUAAAAAGUAAUGCCAGCCUGCUCUGGACCAUAAGCCCGGCAAGUCGUCAGGCGAUGAUACGGGAGCUAUCAGAAUCUACGCAGAUAUACUUUGAUAUUCACUGGAGUAUCCUCAGGAAUGCGUCCAUUGUAAAAAGCGCAGAGAGUGUUGGGAAGCACACAGUAUGCUAUGAGGAUACAGAAACCCGCGACCAUAUAGUCCAGAUGCUUACAGGAGAAAGGAAGGAGCCAAUCAUGCUCAAGAACAUUUUGCCAAAACAUCUUCGAUCAAAUUCUGGACCCGAAGCAAAAGUCGCUCACCGGCUUCAGACAGAAUUUUCAGAAAAGCCAGAAGAUAUCCAGAAAUACGCUUUCUUCCGUAAUUUAACCCUAAAACUGCAGCAGCUGUCUGUGAAUAAUAGCACAUCGAGCCAAGUGACAGAAUGGUGGUUGAUUCAGGAGUGGAAUCCAGCGUGUGGCCCCGAUGGCUGCAGCAAGAACAUUGAGCUUGUUAUAUACAACGAUAAAGCUAGUCCUCAGAGUCUGGGAUUUCUUGCUGGAUACGGCAUCGUGGGUCUAUAUAUGUCCGUCGUUCUGGUCAUUGGCAAAUUCAUCCGCGAAUUCUUCAACGGCAUCGCCCGGUCCAUCAUGUUUGAGGAGUUACCCAAUGUGGACAGAAUUCUGAAACUCUGCACAGACAUCUUUCUAGUCAGAGAAACUGGAGAUCUGGACCUGGAGGAACAAUUGUUUGCAAAACUAAUCUUCCUCUACCGCUCUCCUGAAACGAUGAUAAAAUGGACAAGAGAACGGCACGACGAGUGA